AUGGCUGCGGCUAUGGCGAGACUGGCAGCAUCCCUGCCUCUGCGGUACAUCACGUGCAGCGUACCGAACGGAAAUGCCCUUGAGAUCUCACCAAAAUCGGCCUCCAUUCUUGUGCGAAAGUCAAAUUUGACGAUACGAAACCCUGCUUCAGCAUUAGGAGAGCGACUAGAAAGUCGGAACCGCGGAUUUAGGAGGCGCAUCGUGCGAGUGAGGGCAGAGGAUGGGCCUUCGAAUGGCGGUUCGGAAGCCGAUAGUAAAGCUGUCGGUUCAGUGAAAUCCGACGUGGUUAGCGAGAGCAGCGGUCCUGUGCAAGCACGAGCAGAGAAAGAUAAGGCUAUCGAUGAAGAGAAGGAGAGGGAGAAGGAACGGCGGAGACAGCAAGCUCUGCGGCAGGCAGCGAGAAAAGCGGGGACGCCGCCAACCAGCGCAAGCGGCGCUGGCGGCACCAGUGGCGGCAGUGGGGAGAGCGGGAAGGAGGGCGAGGGGGCGGUGAAGGGUGGACUGCUGAUGGGGCUGGCGGAGGCCAUCGAGGACGCGUUUGGUGUUACCAGCGAGGGGCGGGGUGGCGUUGAAAAGCUGGAUAUCGCCAAGGGGGAUGAAAGACGCGGUGAAGUGGCGGUAAAAGGAGCGGUGAAGGAAGCGGUGAAGAGCGGACUGCUGAUGGGGCUGGCGGAGGCUAUAGAGGACGCGUUUGGUGCUACCAGCGAGGGGCGAGGCGCGGUUGACAAGCUGGAUAUCAGCAAGGUGAGAGCGGGCGAGGGGUGGAUAUGUGCUCACGUACGUGUGUGCGAGGUUGAAGGAGGUCUGCUGAUGGGGCUGGCGGAGGCUAUAGAGGAUGCGUUUGCUGUCACCGAUGGUGGGAAAGGGGCAGCUGACAAGCUGGAUAUCGCCAAGCUCCGCACCUGCUUCUCCUACACCGACUUCUGGCCCACUGAUUCCCGCCCAUACGGCUCGGGCGCACUGUUCACGGGCAACCUGCGGGCUGCUGGCGUGGCGGACGCGCGGGAGAGGCUGGAGACAAAGCUGGCCGAGGGUGCUGGUUGCCCCGUGGCGGUUUUCUUCCUGAAAGACGAGCGGCGAGAGAAGAAGGUGUGCAUAGUGCAACCAGUGUCCUCCAUCGAUCGUCGUCUCGCCCUCACCACUCUCACCGGCCUCUCCCGCUGGCCGCUCAUGCUGCUCUCCCUCCUGGGCUGCCUCGCCACCACUGCCACUGUCUCUGGCGUCAAUCUCGACCCCUAUAAAGUUGGGCUUGGGGAGUCAGCUCACCACGCCCUGCCUUUAACUCUUGGCCUUGCCACAGUCAUCGGUGUAGGAGAGGUGAGUGCUUCGUCUGCCCUCUCCCACUGGCCUCUCAUACUGCCCUCAUGCUGCUCUCCCUCCUGGGCUGCCUCGCCACCACUGCCACUGUCUCUGGCUCAUCGGUGUAGGAGAGGUGAGUGCUUCGUCUGCCCUCUCCCACUGGCCUCUCAUACUGCCCUCAUGCUGCUCUCCCUCCUGGGCUGCCUCGCCACCACUGCCACUGUCUCUGGCGUCAAUCUCGACCCCUAUAAAGUUGGGCUUGGGGAGUCAGCUCACCACGCCCUGCCUUUAACUCUUGGCCUUGCCACAGUCAUCGGUGUAGGAGAGAUCUUCCAGCGGAUCAUGGCGGGGCGAUAUGGGGUAAAGCUCUCCCCGCCCUACCUCCUUCCCGGCCCCCUGGGCUGCCAUGGCACUGCCACUCGCUUCGAGUCCCUGCUGCCCUCCUCCCGUGUAGGUACGUGGUUAGCAAUGGGGGUCCUGUUCGACAUGUGUGCAGCCAAGGCGGUCGGGUCAUUCAUGACGUCAUUCAUUCUGGCGUGUGUGGCUCUGCGGUCACUCAUGACUCUCUCUCCCCUCUUUUUUCUCCAACUCUCUCUCCCCUCUUUUUUCUCCAACUCUCUCUCCCCUCUUUUUUCUCCAACUCUCUCUCCCCUCUUUUUUCUCCAACUCUCUCUCCCCUCUUUUUUCUCCAACUCUCUCUCCCCUCUUUUUUCUCCAACUCUCUCUCCCCUCUUUUUUCUCCAACUCUCUCUCCCCUCUUUUUUCUCCAACUCUCUCUCCCCUCUUUUUUCUCCAACUCUCUCUCCCCUCUUUUUUCUCCAACUCUCUCUCCCCUCUUUUUUCUCCAACUCUCUCUCCCCUCUUUUUUCUCCAACUCUCUCUCCCCUCUUUUUUCUCCAACUCUCUCUCCCCUCUUUUUUCUCCAACUCUCUCUCCCCUCUUUUUUCUCCAACUCUCUCUCCCCUCUUUUUUCUCCAACUCUCUCUCCCCUCUUUUUUCUCCAACUCUCUCUCCCCUCUUUUUUCUCCAACUCUCUCUCCCCUCUUUUUUCUCCAACUCUCUCUCCCCUCUUUUUUCUCCAACUCUCUCUCCCCUCUUUUUUCUCCAACUCUCUCUCCCCUCUUUUUUCUCCAACUCUCUCUCCCCUCUUUUUUCUCCAACUCUCUCUCCCCUCUUUUUUCUCCAACUCUCUCUCCCCUCUUUUUUCUCCAACUCUCUCUCCCCCCUUCUUCACCUCCAUCCCAACCCCACCAGGCGCUGUUUGACAUGUGUGCAGCCAAGGCGGUCGGGUCAUUCAUGACGUCAUUCGUUCUGGCGUGUGUGGCGCUGGCAGCUGAUGGGGGUGUUGAUGGGGGCAUCGACCCCAUGUACAUCGAGCCGUCCUUCUUCGCCCCCAAUCUCCUCCUCUCCUUCGUUCAGAACGUCAUCGGACCAUACUCCGACGACCUGGGCAACGUCAUGCCCAACGCUGUGGAAGGGUUGGGUGUGCCCGUCAACCCUCUAGCUUUCGCAGGGCUGCUGGGGUUUGUGAUUACAGCGCUGAAUCUGCUCCCGGCUGGACAACUGGAUGGGGGCCACAUGGUGCAGGGGCUGGGCAUGCCCGUCAACCCCCUCGCGUUCGCAGGGUUGCUAGGGUUUGUGAUCAUGGCGCUGAAUCUGCUGCCUGCUGGACAGCUCGACGGGGGCCACAUGGUGCAGGGGCUGGGCGUGCCGGUUAACCCUCUGGCGUUUUCAGGGCUGCUGGGGUUGGUCAUUACAGCGCUGAAUCUGCUGCCGGCUGGGCAGCUGGAUGGGGGCCACAUGGUGCAGGUACGAUGCAAUAGGGUUGGGGCCGAGGGAACAGCCUCUCUGGGUGCUGCUGCUUACAAUGAUACGGCUUAUGUAGGCAUAGGCUGGGACUGGAGCGACCUGGGCAACGUCAUGCCCAACGCCGUGGAAGGGCUGGGCGUACCAGCUCUGUUCGGCAGGCGCAAGGCCAAGAUCACAACUCUCAUCACUCUGGCCCUGGAUGGUUUCUCCGGCAGUGUGCUGUGCCUCUUCUGGGCCUUCAUCAUCCUCGCCUUCCCUGCUUCCCCUUGCCUUCUAUCACCAUGCCCUCCUAUGCAGGCCCUAUUUGGCAAACGCAAAGCCAAGAUAACCACACUUAUCACUCUAGCGCUACUAGCCCUAGGCGGUUUCUCAGGCAGUGUGCUGUGCCUUUUCUGGGCCUUCCUCAUCCUCGCCUUCCCUGCUUCCCCUUGCCUUCUAUCACCAUGCCCUCCUAUGCAGGCACUAUUCGGCAGGCGCAAGGCCAAGAUCACCACACUUAUCACUCUAGCCCUGCUAGCACUGGGUGGUUUCUCCGGCAGUGUGCUCUGCCUCUUCUGGGCCUUCAUCAUCCUUGCUUUCCGCAACGGCGAGGAGCUCCCAUCACUGGACGAGAUCUCGCCACUUGGCAGAGGCCGAUUCGUGCUCGCGUGGAUGCUGCUCAACGGCAGCCUGUUGCUGCUGCUCCCCAAGAGCGGCGGCACGUUUCCCUCUUUCUUGCCCACAGACUUUUAG